AGGUUAUUUGGAAAUGUUUUAACGGAAAUUACCAAUCACGAGUCAUAUAUAAUUUAAUAAAUAAAUUAUAGUAAGCAAGUAUUUCGAAAUAUAUCUUUUAAGAAAAAUAAUAUUCUUAAUUGACGGUUGUAAAUCCUUAGAAGAAUAUGGACAAUAUUCUAAAGGAAAUUAUAUAAAAAAAUUUAAUGACUAUUAAUGUAUUUAUCUUAUGAAUUAAUAUGUAUAUGUAUAUAUACAUGUUCAUGAAAAUCAUGAUGUCUCAAAAUAAUGAAAAACACGAUUUACAUUUAAUGAAAUAUAUUAAUAAGAGUACAGAAUUAAAAAUUAUUAGAGGUACUUUAAAUACAAAAACUAAUACGCUACGAUUUAAAAGAGAAAUACUCAAAGAAAGAUAUAAAGACUUGGAUAAUAUAAAUUGCAAAGUAUGGGUUACAGAAGAUGAAUUUUGUAACGAAAUUUGGAAUUUUUCUUUAAGGCAUAAUUUUAAUUCUAUUUUUAAUCAAAAUUCUCAUAUUACAAAAGUAGAUGAACUUCACAAAUGUAAAUACAACACUGUGAUUGGUGAAAAUUUAAACAAAGUUGAUAUGUGUAAUAAAGUAUUAAAAUUAAAAAAUGAAAUUGAUAUUACCAAUAAGGAAAUAAUACUUAUUCGUAACAAAAAUACAGAAACCGAUUUAAAAUAUUGUGAAUCUACUUUAGAUGAUCUAAAAUCUUUUUCGGAAGAGAUAUUACAACUUAUAAGAUUAAUAAUUACUUCAGGGAAAAAUGUAUACAAUACAAUGAUAAAUCGGAAAUUAAGUACAAGUCUAAUGGAAGAAUUUACGAGUGCGAGAAAAUUGUUCCAAAGAUCUAAUUUUUGCGGUAGUGCUUUAACUGAAAAUAUUGUUUCUCCAUCCAAAAUUAUUGAAAAAUCUAAAGAAUGUCAUAACAUUAAACAUAAUGUAAAGUUCGGAAGAUUUAUUAUGAAAACACGAAGUCUUAUUUCUCUUAAAUAUGAAAAAAAAAUGUAAGAAAUUCAGGAUGAGAGAAAUGAAUUAACGUAUUUGUAGAAGUACUUCAUUUCGUAAAAAUAAUGUAGUGUAAUUGCAAUAUCGCGGAAGUUACUAAUAUAUAUAAUAAAGUAUUUUAUAAGUUAAUUUCAGUAUUAAACAAUAAUUUGAAUAAAAUCAGAGUCCCAAACCGUUUAUGUUAUAUUUAUAUAUUUAGAAAUAUACAGCGUCCUAUAUAUUCAUAUACAUUGAAUUACAUUAAUAUCAUUUUAAAAUUAUAUAUACGUAAUGUCGCACUUGAUAGACUAUUCAACAAGAUUAUAAUUUGAGAAGUAAUUUAUUUCAUCUUCAUACAAAUUUAAUCAUUUUUUAAUCAUACUAUAGUAUUACUUAUGUAUUUUAGAACUGUUGAACAGUUUAUCACAACAAUUUGUAUUAUAGCACUCUUUUUGGCAACUCUUAGAUAUACUCUGAUACUCAUUUAAUAUUUUACUGUGUGUUAAACAUACACAAGUAUAUACUGUUAAAAGAAAAUGAUAUUUCAAUUGCAACAUUUUAUGUUUUUUUUAGUAAGGAAGAUGAAUGUAUAUAUUUUGUAAAUUAUAUGCACAACUAUUAUUGUUUAUAACACAAAGAUAAGCAAUUUGACAUGAAAUUUAUAAAGUGACAUUAAUAUUUAAUUAAUUUCAAUUAAUUUGAAAGUUAUUAAUAGCAUAAAACUUAUUAUUGAUAUAAUCUAUAAAAUUUGUCAUUGCAUAAAGAAAAAAUUUUUAACAUGAAGUUACGUAAAGUUUUAUUUAUACAAUAUUAUUAUCGGUCUUUAUUUUAUGGACAAGUUGUAGAAGUUUGAAAGACAAAGUUUAAUGCAAAUACAUUACAUUAUAUUAUAGUUGAAACAUAACUAGUGUAGAAAAAUUGUGUAAAUAGACACAUAACAAAUCAUACAUUUAUGUCAACGAGUAGUUACAGAAUAGACAUACUUUCUCAUAAUUACAAUUAAAAGUUUGCUAAGUUCCAUUUUAUGUUUUAUAUGUUUCCAUAAUUCCCAAAAUUAAUAAUUUUACAUUUUCAUUUACAAAAUAUUAUAACUUAAAAAAAUUGGAGUAGAAUCUAUGAAUACUACUGUUCAUUUACAUCAUACACAUCAAUGUUUUAAUACUUAUAAUCUUUGUUUACUAACAAGCAUAUAGUCAAUGUUUCCAAUAUAUUGAAAUAAUACUAACUAAAGAAUAAAAAAUAUCUGUUUGAUAUAUAUAUAUAACUUACAACAUAUUAAUAUAAUAUUAUUUUGAGUUAUACAAUUAAUACAAGUAAAAUUGUGCUAAUUAUUUAAUUUCUUAUUGCACAGCCAUUGCAUAGUAAAAUGGAUUAUAAAUCAAAUUUUUAUGAUUGCAUUUAUUAGUUUCUAAGAAAAACAGGUAGUAUCAGGUGUAUGAGUGUAAGAAUCUGUAACAUGUUUUAAAAAUCAAUAUAUUGUUGGCUAUAAAUAAAAUCCAAUCAACUGUUACAGUUAUGAAUUCAAUAUAAAACAUACAUAUAUACAUAUACAUAUAAGUUUGUAUACAACUGACCAUAUUCAAUAAUGUGAUCAAUUAUUAUAUAAUUAUUUGUAAUUGAUAUUGGCACUAUAUUUCAGUGCAGAAAAAAUACGAAAAUUUUACUAAUAAUAAAAAUACUUGCCUUUUUAAAUGACAUCAGAAGCACAUAUGGAACUUAGCAAAAAAUGAUCUUACAAUAAUAUAAUAUUAAAACUAGAUAAUAAUAUGCUUGUUUGGCAGCUCCUUCAUCUGAUGAGAGCAUACUAAUGACUCGAUUAAAAAUCAUAAUUGCACUAAUUAUUACAGUUAAUUAAUUUAAAACGUCACAAUUUUUAACUUUUCUGUAAACAUAUACAUGUAUAAGUAAAUGUAUAUUAUAAUUGCCACUGAAUAUUGCAACUUAUUUAACAAAUGUGAAAAAAGUAUUUUUUUAAUAAUUAUUUAGAAUAUUUAAAUAUAAGAUUGUUUAUAUUUAGUCUUAGAAAUAAAAAAAUAAUACGUUAUUCAUUACAGUAUGCUAAAUGAUAUAUAAAUAGAUUUUUUUGCCUUUUGGAAGAGUGUUUUCUUGUGAAACCUCUCAAAACUGAAGCUCCUGUGGUAUAACAUAAAAUAACUAACACAAUAUCUACUUUCACGCUAUAAUACAAGGUAAACUUAUCAUUAAAAAUAAUUUUAAUUCUUUCGUCAAAAUAUCUUGUUUGUAUGGCAAUGGAUAGCAGUAACUAAAAUAUAAAAUCAUUGAUGCCGAUUCUUAAUUGCAUUUCUUCAAUUGAAUAAUAUUAUCUCACUCGAUUGUAGUUUACUAUAUAGUAAAUCUUGAAAAUAAUAAUGAUAUUCAUGUACCUGUCUGUAAGAAACUAUGAACUUAAUGUAUAUUUGAAGUUACAAGAUAACUGUAAUGCAUAAUAUAGUGUAAAACAAUAUAUUGCAUGCAAAUUAAAAUACAUUAUAUUUUAUAAUAUUGAUAAAUAAUAUACAUAAAAUAAACAACAUAAAUGAAUGAAAUAUGAACUAUAUAUAUUAAUAAAGUAUGAGUACAAUUUAUGUCAUUACUAUAUCUAAAAUAUUUCAUCAUGAAUUUAUUUUCUUAUAGCUUUAUUAGCGGUUGUGCAUAUUUCCAAGUCAGCACCAAUUUCAUAAUUUAUUUAUAUAUGUUUCUUUUUUUCAUAUUGAGAAUGUAUCGCAGACAUGUGAUUAGUUAUUAUUCAUGUUAUGAGAAUACAAAUAUAUGCACAUUUUCAUAUAUUAUAUAUCCAUAAUUG